UUUUGUUCUCUUCUCUUCACUACUCAAAACACUUUCCUUUGUUUUGUGUGUAAAAUCUUGGAAAGAUCAUAUGUCAAGUAGUAAAGGCAAGGAUGUUCAUGAAGGAUCAUCGUCAAAUUCCUCUUCUUCUUCGUCUCUAAUUGUUGUUGUUGACGAUCAUAAUCAACAACAACAUCAGUUUCAACGAGAAGAAGCAGCAAUAGCAGCAACAACAACAAUAGCACCGGUGAGUCGGUAUGAGUCUCAGAAGAGGAGAGAUUGGUACACGUUCGGACAAUAUUUGAGGAACCAAAGGCCCCCAUUGGCUAUAUCUCAAUGCAAUUCAAGUCAUGUAUUGGAAUUCCUUAGAUAUCUUGACCAAUUUGGGAAGACAAAAGUGCAUUUAAAUGGGUGUGGAUUCUUUGGAGAACCUGAGCCACCAGGUCCUUGUACUUGCCCUCUUAGACAAGCUUGGGGUAGCCUUGAUGCACUUAUUGGUCGCCUUAGAGCUGCUUAUGAAGAAAAUGGAGGCUCCUCAGACACUAACCCAUUUGCUAGUGGUGCUAUUAGGGUUUACUUGAGAGAAGUUAGGGACUCUCAAUCCAAGGCAAGAGGAAUCCCAUACAAGAAGAAGAAGAAAAAGAAGAAUCCAAUUACCACUCAUCAACAAGAGUAUGUCUGGAAAUGA